GAAAAAAGGAAAACUCGACGCGGUUGUUUGCUACGUCCCAUACACUUCGGCCCGAACCCGGGGGGCGUAAGUGUCGCGCGUAUAAAAGACCACGAACCAGAGCCACGGGCCAAUCACAACGGAGGUUGCAUCGAGCCGUGCAAGACGCUACGUCGAGCGAAGCCGCCUCAAAGAGAGAGAGAGAGAGAGAGAGACGGAGAAAAACACGCAAUGUCAUCGCUGUUUUUUAUGGUGACGUCGCUUGCAGCGGUUGCUGCCAACCUUGCUCCACAUCAUGCUUGGUCCCAGCCCCAGUACCGCGGACUGGCUUCUGGGGCGUACGGACUGCCUCCCGAGUCGAACGGACACGAGGAGACACGGCCCGGUACCAGCUUCGACUCUCCGACGGCAUCUCCGGCUCGGCCCGAGCUCGGCAGCACGGUUCCGGCCUCGCCGUCUCCGUACCAGACACCGUCCACCGCGCCAAUCCAGACACCCACCGAGCCGUACACCUGUCAGCCACCUCCUCCCCCGCCGACGGCGUCGUCCGAGACUCCGACGUGGGGCGACCGCGUCUCGGCCGACGACGCUCCGACGUCGAAACCCCCGGAGAGAGAGCAACCCCCACCAGCUCCCGCGCCACUCCCGCUACCACAGCCGCAAAGCACUUCCCACGCUCCUCCGGUCUCGCAAACCCUCAAACCAACCCUACCGGCUUCCAAACCGACAACGCCGGCCCGCAAGCCGACAACGCCAGCUCCCAAAACAACCCCGCCCAAACCCAAGCCGACCACUCCAGCCCCUAAGCCGACCCCACCUAAACCCAAGCCAACCACGCUAGCCCCCAAGCCGACCACGCUAGCUCCUAAGCCGACCCAACCAGCUUCCAAACCGACAACGCCAGCCCCCAAGCCGUCUCCACCCAAACCCAAGCCGACCACGCUGGCCACUAGCCCGACCCCACCAACACUCAUACCGACCCCUCCCACGCGCACCCCGAUCGCCCCCACCACGCCACCACGACCAACUUCCCCUCACUCCGUCUACGGAGCGCUCCCCUCCUACGGCCCGCCCACCCUGUCUCCCGUGUUCCGGAGUCUUUCCCCCCCUCCACCGCUGCCACAGUGGCAGCCUGUCUACCAACUGCACGACUUUCAAAUACCACGACACGCGGCCCCGCUUCCCCCUUCAAGUUCCCCCCCACCCACGACGCGACCCCUCCCUCCGCCACCACCCACGCUACCAACCAAUCCCUACGAAUGAGUGCGCUCGUUAAGGGGGUGGUACUCUCAAUUAUUUCACUUCCAUAAUUUUGUGUUUUUCUUGAGUAUUUUAAUUUAAAUUACUAAUAUAAUACGCGUUAAUUGUUUAAAAAAAAUUGCUUUAUAAGUUUAACAAUGGAUUUAUUUAAUAGUUUUUAGAUAUUUAUAGGCCAACAGGUAUGUAAUUAAUCGUUUGUGUGUAGACAUGGUCGUGUAUUACUUAAUUAUUCGUAUAUCAUUUAUUAAUCUGUAUUACUUAAUUUUUGUAUAUCAUUCAUAAAUCAAUAAAAUAUUGGUUUUCUCCACAAUCCAACAAACCUGAGGUUUUUUUUUUUCAGGAAUUUGAGCAACCUAAUUUUUAUUGAUUUAUGAAUAAUUUACAAAAAUUAAUAAAUACGUGUCAAACGAUUAGUUUAAUACUGCAUGUGACACGAUUACACGUUCUUAGUUCAUGCUACGGUAGACAUAAAAAUUGGCCUUUUGUGUUUUCUGAAAAUUAUUGAAUAAAUAAAAUCUCCAAAUUAUCGAAACUUUUUAUAAACAAUUACAUUAUAGAUUUAUUAAAAAUAAUGAACAAAAACACAAAUUUAUGGAAGCGAAAUUAUUUAGGAUGUACAUACGUAAUGAGCGCAACCUCCUAAUUCUGCUGAAACGAACUGAUUUGAGUUGCAUUCAUUUGUGUUCGCACACUAAGCUUCGUUCUUCGUGCUUCGAUCGUGCAUUAUUUGGAGAUAUUUAGUACUAAAGCUUGUGAAGUACGUGCAAUCAAUGGUCUUGGGGCCCGUAGAGAUGAAUAGUUGUUUUGAGCAUGUUUUACCACUAAUGCAACCAACACUUGACUUAGUUACUAACACAAUAAAUGUUUAGUUGAAUGUAGAAUGUGUUUUGUAUGAAUUGUAAAUAAAACAAAAAAAUAUUGUAAAUAAAUUCUUGCACUGAUCUAAAUGUAAUUCUUUAUUCCCAUUUUACGUAAAGCUUUUCUUUCUUUUUUUUGCAGGAAUAAUACUUUAAUUUAAUCAUUGUUUUGAUGGGAAAAAAAUUUCAGCGUAAUUCACAUUAAAAUUAUAAUGGUAAUCAAA